AUGGAGCGCGAUCUGCGCAUCAAGGCGUUCAUGGAGGAGUACUCACGGCUAAUGUCACUUUUCGACGACAUAAUGACGAUGAAGAACGCGAUGCUGCGACUCGAAAUCUACAUGGUCAUCAUGGUGUGCCAGAUUGCGUGCGGUGUCAUGGCAGCGGGUAUCUUCCUACUUUGCCGGAUGUACCAUUCGCGUAAGAAUCAUGGUGAAUACCAUGUUGAGCAUCGCUUCGAGAGACCGUCCUGUGCGUGCAGUUCUCCAUCACCGACACCUCUAAAACCGACUGUCGACAUUCCAUCGCUCGUCAAAAAACCGGUG